UGCGAAGGCUACUGCAACGACGAAGACUCGCCCGUGUGCGGCACGAACGGCGUCACAUACCGCAACUUCUGUGUGUACAUGAACGCCGCCUGCCGCGACAAAACGCUGUCGCUCAAGUCUACCGAUGCGUGCGAAGGCUACGUCCCCGAGUCCAAGAGCAGCCCCAGUCUGUUCGGCACCGUCACAUCGACCUCCACCUCCGAGUAUUCUUGCGACAACACCUGCACCAACAAUCGGCUCCAGGUGUGCGCUUCGGACGACGUGACGUACACGAACCCGUGCCAAUUCAAUGCAGCCAGGUGCAAG